GAUCGUAAACCGGACCGCUAAACCGUCCCAGCAAAUAGCACGCGUAAUGCCAUGGGGUUCAUAGAAAGAUAAGAGGACGACAGUGAACAGUGAAGAGUUCGUGGAUCGCAGAGAAACACAGAAACAAGCAAACGAAAUUGUGGUAGAUUGAGCGCCCUGUUUCAAAAUCUGCAACUAUAAUUGAGGUAAAAUAAUAAAAUAACUUGUUUUGUUGAGAAAAGAAAAUAAGUACAAGUUGGCGGAACAAAAGAAAAACGAGAGGGACACACUCGUGAAAGAAAGAGAAAAUGGAGGAAGCAGCGGCGCAUCCUUACGUUCCCAGGGAUCUGAAACUGCCUGGAUACGUUCCCAUCACCAUGUCAAUGUCAAGUAUCCUCGCAGUCUACCUCGGUGCUUCCCUCUUUGUCGUCACUUUCGUCUGGUUUCUACUCGGGAGGAAGAAAGCGCAUCUUGACAGAUUGCUAAUGUGCUGGUGGGCUUUCACGGGUCUCACUCACAUGGUUCUUGAGGGCUAUUUCGUUUUCUCCCCUGAGUUUUUCAAGGACAACACUUCUUGUUAUCUCGCUGAAGUUUGGAAAGAAUACAGCAAAGGUGAUUCGAGAUACGCAGGCAGAGAUUCUGCAGUUAUAGCUGUUGAAGGCAUCACUGCUGUUAUUGAAGGCCCUGCUUGUCUUCUUGCUGUAUAUGCUAUUGCCAAGGGGAAGUCGUACAGCUACGUGCUUCAGCUUGCGAUCUCGCUAGGCCAGCUCUACGGAUGUCUUGUCUAUUUCAUUACUGCUUUCUUGGAAGGAGACAACUUUGCAACAAACUCCUUCUACUAUUACUCCUACUACGUUGGGGCUAAUGGAUGGUGGGUUUUGAUACCUUUGCUCAUUUCUUACCGUUGCUGGAACAAGAUUUGUGAAAGUGCCAGUGGUGUGGAGACAAAGAUUAAGAAGAAAAUCCGUUAGAAAAUGCAAACUCUUUACAAGAUUCUAGUCUAUGGUCUCUUUUGUUGCUUGGAUGUUUUUGCUUGUUUUCUGCAAAGGUUUUUCUUUUAGCAGAGUUUGUUUUCUGCAAUGAGUUGUUUCCUCAUUACUUGAUAACAUCAUUAGACUGUUGUUCACCUUUGGCAAUUGAAUUUGGUUUCAUGUUUAUUGAUUGAUGUAACAA